GCGUACACCUGCCGGGAGCCCUCCAGGUUGAAUAGGAUGCUGUUCCGGGUGGAGUAGUAUAUGUCACGGUUGUUCUCCAGAAGCUUGUGGUUGAACAAACAUUCCUCCCUGAGACAAACAGACUGCAAGACGAAAAAGAAAAGCUUCUUCAUCCUUCUGAGCUGAAGCGGUUUUGCGUGCGAGGAGACAUGAAUCCAAACAUGAGGUCAGGACAGACGGCGGGUUUGCAGCAGCAGAGGAAUAUAAAUAACAACACUGAAGCGUCCGCCUGCGGAACAACCAAACAUGGACACCAGCUGUGCUCCUAGAGAGCCUCACUCCAACUACCACUCUGAGGAUGGACCCCACCUUUCGCCUAAUGACCGCAAAAACCCCCAGGGACUCUGCAUCCACAGAUAGAGACGAAUUCUUCAGUAUUAUUAAAAUUAAUGUCUAAUAUGUCCAGAUUUUGUAGAAAAUGCACAGGCUUAUAAUAAAAUAUCCUUAACUUUGUUAGAUGACUGCAUUUAAACUGUUUAAAGACAUGUGACUAUAUUUUAAGUAAAUUAUGUUAUUUUUUAACUUUGGUUCCCCACACACUUCCACAUGUGAGCUUGUGCAAACUUAUGUUUGGCAGCAUGGUACUGGAAGUGUGGGAUGAGUCAUUUCUAGGCUUUAUUGGCCAGUGUCUCAACACAUCCUCAUUUUAAUUUAUUCCAAGUAGUAGGAAACAGCAAAAAAGAAGACACUGUUGUAUAUAUUGUUUUCAUUGAGAUCUAAAAAUAUGAUUUUAGUGUUAAGUUAAUUUGAAUAGAUGGAUUUACUUUAUAAUUUUAGCUGAGGAAAAAAAUUAGUGUGUAGAUUUUAAAAGAUACCUAGAUGGUAAGAAAGCGUUAGUGACAAAAAGUUUAUAACAUUGUGCAGUCUUUCAUGUUGGAAAAGCUGGCAGUCCAUCUGUAUUAAACAACACAUUUUGAAUAAAAAAUUGGAUAAGAGAAUAUUAACAAUUGCUUGAAAACAAUAUAUUGUCUUCUGACUAAAGCCUUCUGACUUACUCAUCAAAAGUCAUAUUAUGACAAAAAGUACCAUGAAGUACAUUAAAAACAUGUCAUAGCAUGAUACAAUAAAUAAUGUUUUAAUACCAAAAUACAAUAAAAAUAUGUUACUCAUUUAGAGUUUUACGUGGAAUCAGCUAAGAGUAUAUAAAUAUAGCUGUAUGACGGUCUGUGUUGGUCCAAUAUUCAGCGGUUAUGCAAAGCUACAGGCAUAAAUUUACCUUUCCAAUAUGGCGACAUCGCUGGCGUUAAAACGACUGUUAACCCCAGCACGUACGUCAAACGAAGCAAAGAAGCACAUUCGUCACUUAAUUAGCUAAUAAAAAUAUUGUUUAUUUCUUUGUUAAUAUUAUUUUAUGUAUUUAUACAGUUUUGUUUAUUUAGAAGAAAAACAAACCGAAAAAAAAUAAAAUCGUUGAAGGUAGAGACGAAUCAGCUCGGUUGUUCCGUCAUAUUGGUCAACAAAACGUCACUUCCGGUGUGAUCUGGCGGGCUGGUUGAAAGCAGGGAAGACGCCUUACGACAAUACUUAACUAAAGCUGAAAUUGUUUUUGAUAAGAAAGUAAGAGUAAAGUUUUAAGUAGCCUGAGGUUAGCUUCUUCGGACACAUUUAGCAUUAGCGUACUGCCACUGCAGCUGUUCGUGUUUAUAAACCAGCCGUUAAUGUUUCAAGAAUAAAAACAAAAUUUAGCUUCACAUUUACUCUGGACAUGGACCGACCAUCCAGGAAGACGAAGGUUGUGAACUACUGUGAAAACAAAGAUUUUGAUGAUGAUGAGGAUUUUGCCUGUUCAAAAGCACCGCCCAGCAAAAAGGCCAGAGAGGAAACGAAACACGAACAGAAGAAACCUUCAGUCAGGUCCUCCAGCCCAACAACGGCUCAGAGCGAGAAGAGCAGAAAACCGCUGGAUGAAAGGUUGCAUGAAAGAGAUCUUGAAGCAGCCAUCACGCUUUCUUUACUCAAUAACUCAGAAGGACUAAACGAUUCUCCCACCACAGAUGUUAAAGCUCAAAGCCCUGUCGAUGAAAACACAGAUCCAGCUUCUUUGCUUCUGUCCAACUGCAGCGUGGACGGAGCAGUUUUAGGCCUGGAUGAAAUCACAUCAGAGAAAGCAUCACCGGCUGUCAGACAAAGGAAGACCUCGACUAAAUCAGCUGAGGUGCAGAGAAAGGAAGAUGAAGACUACAAACCCAAAAACACUCCAGAUUCAGAGAGCGAUGAAGAUUUCAGUGAGCCUGAGGAGAGCGAGGACGAGGAGUUUACAGUGAAGAAAUCCAGCAAGGCUAAAAGGAAGGAGAAAGUGUCCAAGAAAGACAAACCCAAGCCAAGUCCCGCUCCCAGAAAAGAAAAGAAACAAUCACGGUCUUCACUUUCUAAACCACAGGCUGCAGGAGUUUCCAGAAGUCCCCCAGCAGCCAAACUGGUUCCCAGUAAGCCAGCUUCAUUCAAUGUGAAGCCUGUGAGCUCUGUGAGUCCAGCAGGGGGCAGGAUACCCAAGUGGAACCCGCCAGCUCAGGUCGGGAAAAGUCCGACCUCAUCCCAGACGCCGGCGGUGAAGUCUCCCAGUGCCGGGCUGAGACUGGGCCUGUCCCGCAUGGUCCGGGUCAAACCGCUCCACCCGAGCGUCGCCAGUCACUAACAGAUAAUCUGUCAAUGUUUUUAAUCCCGUUUGACCUCAGUCUCCACUGAGAUUCUUUUCAGUUUGAAUUAGUUCAGAAUGAAUCUUUUCUUUAGUUAGAUUUCCUCACAUCCUCUUUUUUUUGUCGUUUUGAAAACAUUUUACUUAUCUUUAUCUUGUAUAUUCUGUACAUAAACAAAAAAAUAAAUAAAGUUUAAAA